AUGAGCCACACAAAGUACCACCAAGAGUUGAUUGCUACUGCUAAAGCAAUUGUUGCACCAGGCAAGGGAAUUCUCGCUGCUGAUGAGUCAACCGGAACGAUUGGUAACCGUUUCCAAAAGAUAAACUUGGAGAACAACGAGCCAAACAGACGUGCCUACAGAGACUUGCUCAUCAACACUGAGGGAGACAUCAACAAGUUCAUCGGUGGUGUGAUCCUCUACGAGGAGACCCUCUACCAGAAGGACGACAACGGAACUCCCUUCCCAGAGAUCCUCAAGAAGAAGGGAAUCAUCACAGGAAUCAAGGUCGACAAGGGAACCGUCCAGAUCCCAGGCGCCGGCGAGGGCGAGACCGCCACCCAGGGUCUCGACGGUCUUGCCGACCGCUGCAAGAAGUACUACGAGGCUGGCGCUCGCUUUGCCAAGUGGAGAGCCGUGCUCAAGAUCGACGUCCCCAAGGGACUGCCAUCGCAGCUGGCCAUCACCGAGAACGCACACACCCUGGCUCGCUACGCCGCCAUCUGCCAGGAGAACGGUCUGGUUCCAAUCGUCGAGCCAGAGAUCCUCAUGGAUGGCACCCACACCAUUGAGGACUCUGCUGUCAUCACCGAGAAGGUGUUGGCCGCCGUCUUCAAGGCCCUCAAUGACCACCACAUCCUCUUGGAGGGUGCCCUCUUGAAGCCAAACAUGGUGCUCAACGGAACCACCAACGCCCAGCCCGCCGCCCCAGAGCGCGUCGCCGAGUUGACCGUCAGAACCCUCCAGCGCACCGUCCCACCCGCCCUCCCAGGAAUCGUCUUCUUGUCCGGUGGUCAGACCGAGCUUGAGGCCACCGCCAACCUCAACGCCAUGAACCUGCUGCCCAACCGUCCAUGGUCCGUCUCGUUCUCAUACGGUCGUGCUCUGCAGGCCAGCAUCAUCGCCACCUGGAAGGGAUCCAGUGACAACAUUGAGGCUGCCCGCAAGGUCUACAUGCAUCGUGCACUCUGCAACUCGCUCGCUCAGCUCGGCAAGUACCCAGGAGAGGAGGCCACCGCCACCAACUCCCAGUCACUUUUCGUUGCCAACUACAAGUAUUAA